GACGCUUCCCGAAUAGCGUUACGUCGCUUUCCGGAGGCCGGAAAAGGAAGACGGUGUCCCCGGAGACUCGGGCCAAGCUGAGCCAGCCACCGUCCCAGCGGCCACCUUCGUUGACUUUCACGGCGCCACGAAGCACGCUCUUCACUUUAGUUUGACUUUUGGGUUCCAGUUACAGUGCUAUAAAAUUUAUAUUAAAGGCAUGGUUUUCACCCUACUUCAUCAACACAGUUAAAUUUUCAUUUUGGACCCCUCUUUUAUACUACAAUGCAACAAGCUUUAGAACUAGCUUUGGACCGUGCAGAGUAUGUCAUUGAAAGUGCCCGACAAAGACCUCCUAAAAGGAAAUACUUAUCUAGUGGAAGAAAAUCUGUAUUUCAAAAACUUUAUGACUUAUAUAUUGAAGAAUGUGAAAAAGAGCCCGAGGUUAAGAAAUUAAGAAGAAAUGUGAACUUGUUAGAGAAGCUUGUCAUGCAAGAGACAUUGUCAUGCUUAGUGGUCAACCUGUACCCAGGAAAUGAGGGAUAUUCUUUGAUGCUCAGGGGAAAAAAUGGAUCAGAUUCUGAGACCAUUCGACUGCCUUAUGAAGAAGGGGAAUUGCUUGAAUACUUGGAUGCAGAAGAAUUGCCUCCUAUCUUGGUUGAUCUCCUAGAAAAAUCUCAGGUUAAUAUUUUUCAUUGUGGAUGUGUCAUAGCAGAAAUACGUGACUACAGGCAGUCCAGCAAUAUGAAAUCUCCAGGUUACCAAAGUAAGCACAUUCUCUUACGUCCAACAAUGCAGACUUUAAUCUGUGAUGUACAUUCAAUAACAAGUGAUAACCAUAAAUGGACCCAGGAAGACAAACUUUUGCUUGAGAGCCAACUGAUCCUAGCUACAACUGAACCACUAUGUCUAGAUCCUUCUAUAGCUGUAACAUGUACUGCAAAUAGAUUGCUCUAUAACAAGCAGAAGAUGAACACACACCCAAUGAAACGGUGUUUCAAGAGAUAUUCCAGGUCCUCUCUGAAUCGACAGCAGGAUCUGUCUCAUUGUCCACCUCCUCAACUAAAAUUACUUGAUUUCUUACAAAAAAGAAAGGAAAGAAAAGUAGGUCAGCAUUAUGACCUCAAAAUUUCUAAAGCAGGAAAUUGUGUAGAUAUGUGGAAAAGGAGUCCCUGUAACUUGACUGUACCUUCUGAAGUGGAUGUGGAGAAAUAUGCUAAAGUGGAAAAGUCUAUCAAAUCUGAUGACUCACAACCAACAGUCUGGCCAGCCCAUGAUGUCAAAGAUGAUUAUGUAUUUGAAUGUGAAGCUGGUAAUCAGAAAACAAAGCUGACCAUUUUGCAGUCACUUGGUGAUCCACUUUACUAUGGUAAAAUUCAGCCAUGUAAAGAUGAAGAGAUUGACAGCCAGAUUUCUCCAUCCCACUCCUCCACAGAAGAUCAUUCAAAUUGGUUCAUUAUAGGAUCAAAGACUGAUGCUGAACGGGUAGUUUAUCAGUACCAGGAAUUGGUCCAGAAUGAAGCCAAGUGUCCAGUCAAGAUGUUGCACAGCUCCAGUGGCUCAGCCAGCAUGAGUCAGCUUUCUCCAGGGAAAGAAACAGAACCUGAGACUGUGUCAGUUCAGUCUUCAGUACUAGGGAAAGGAAUAAAACAUCGACCUCCACCCAUCAAACUUCCCUCAAGCUCAGGAAAUAGUUCCACAGGUAACUAUUUUACGCCACAACAGGCCAGCAGCUUUCUUAAAUCUCCAACUCCUCCUCCUGCUUCUAAGCCACCAAGUCUUUCUCGAAAGUCAUCUGUGGAUCUCAGUCAAGUUAGCAUGCUUUCUCCAGCUGCCCUGUCACCUGCCAGUUCAUCACAAAGAACCACAGCCACCCAGGUCAUGGCAAACUCUGCUGGACUUAACUUCAUCAAUGUAGUGGGCUCUGUUUGUGGAGCUCAGGCUUUGAUGAAUGGUUCAAAUUCUAUGCUGGGCUGUAACACUGGUGCCAUAACUCCUGCAGGAAUAAACCUGAGUAGCCUUCUCCCCUCAGGAGGUCUGCUACCAAAUGCAUUACCUGGUACAAUGCAGGCAGCUUCUCAAGCAGGUGUUCCAUUUGGUUUAAAGACUACUUCAAGUCUCAGGCCCUUGAAUCUACUUCAGCUUCCAGGUGGUUCACUAAUUUUCAACACUCUGCAGCAGCAGCAACAGCUCUCUCAAUUUACACCCCAACAACCUCAGCAACCCACAACUUCCAGUCCUCAACAGCCAGUGGAGCAGGGUUCUGAACAAGGCUCAACCAGUCAAGAAAAGGUCUUACCUGCUCAGCAUGCUGCUGUUAUUAAUCUUGCUGGAGUAGGAAGUUUUAUGCAGUCACAGGCAGCUGUGUUGUCUCAGCUUGGCUCUGCCGAGAACAGACCUGAGCAAAGCCUUCCUCAGCAGAGAUUCCAGCUCUCCUCUGCCUCCUCUGCCUUUCAACAGCAGCAGCAACAGAUACAACAGUUGCGAUUCUUACAGCAUCAAAUGGCUAUGGCAGCAGCAACAGCACAAACAGCUCAGCUACAUCGUCAACGGCAUACAGGCAGCCAGUCAAAAAGUAAAACGAAGAGAGGCACAGCAACCACUCCAAAAUUCUGAGUCUUGCAUUAUUUUUUUUCUUUUUUAAAAACAAGAGCAAUGAAUCAAAAGGAUUGAGUUUCUACUUCAUUUUUGUUUUUUAAAACAUAAUCAGUAUUUUACAUUGUUUGAUGUACAAACUUUAUACAGAAGCACAACCCUAUGAUUUUUAAAUAAAAACAGGGAAAUGCUUUAACAAACCAUUAGGGUUCAUUUGCUUAAGACACUGCUUUUUCAAAAUUGUUCCUAUACAUAAAACAUGUUGAAGUGGCCUAAGAAAUACUAGAAAUGUCCUUCAGAAAAAUGUAGUUUGAUAUUUAUUUAGUAUGAAAGAUUUGUGCACAGUGUAAUAAAUACAGUUUUUACAAA